GGGUUAGCAACAGGGCAAGCUAUGCCAGAUAGUAAAAGACGAGUAGGAGGAGGAGAAGGUGGAGGUGCCGGUGGAAGCAGAGGUGGAGGUGGGUGCCCACGCAACAAGGAGAGGCUUAGGAAGGGAGGCAGUCGUUCGACUGUCCUUGCCCUCUUCACUAUCACAGAGGAAGAGGAGGGACAGAGACGCAGAGAGGCAUGCAGGAAGAAGAAAAGAGCAUCUUAUUCCCAAUGUAAACUGGAGGACGGCAGAGUGUCCUCGUCCGCCCAUCCCAGCUCCUCAGGCUCUGGACAGACCUGCACUCCCACCCUGACUCCAACUGUGACCACUACCCCGACCCACACCACCAGCACUAGCCCAAGCAACAAUGCUGCCACCAAAACAGACUCGUUGCUCUACAACAAGAUUGACGAGAGACAGAGGUUGGCCCGUGAGCGGCGAGAGGAGCGUGAGAAACAGAACGCUGCCAGGGAGGCCCAGUGGCAGGAGCGUGAGGAGCGAGCCCGGCAACACUAUGAGAAGCAACUGGAGGAGAGGAGGAGACGGCUAGAGGAGCAGAGGGUGAAGGAGGACAGGAGAAGAGCCGCUGUAGAGGAGAAACGGCGGCAGAAACUGGAGGAGGACAAGGCUCGUCAUGAGGCGGUGAUGCGUCGAACUCUGGAGAGGACCCAGAGAGCCAGGCAGAAACCCAACCGCUGGUCUUGGGGAGGGGUGCUGAGCACACACACACCCAGCACACCAGCUGGUUUUGUCGAGUCGGCUUUCCUCUAUCCACUCGACCUUGCUGGGCUGGAGCACAUGCAGAGUGCUUUCAGUCUCUACCGCAGAUACGGAAUGACCUCCCAAUAUGCUGACAGGCGGUCAGUGUCCACAAUGAAUCUGUCCAAAUAUCCAGACCCAGUCAUUACCAAGCGCCUCUCCUCCUCUUCUGCCACACUCUUAAACUCACCAGAUCGAGCCUUACAGAUGAGAACAGCCUCUUCCCCUGCCAUUAGCAAAGCUCAGUCCAAACCCCGUCUACACCAGGGAAAGACUGCCCACCACAAAAACACAGGCCUGCGCCGUCUGCCAUUGACACCGUGGGAGAACACAGUGGUGAACCGCCUGCAGCAGCCGACACACUCCUACCUGGCCCGCAGUCGCAGCGCCAUGAGCCUGUCUGGAGAGCAAACAGCCAUGCCUGUGUGUCCUCGCUCAGUGUCCUGCCACCCCAUGGGCUCCAUGUCCUUCAAGGCCCUGCAGGCCCAGCCGCUGCCUCACUGCCGCAGCCACGAGAGGAGCCUCAGCAGGGAGACGGCCUCCUCCGCUGCCCGCAGGAGAACCUCUGGACCCUCACAGAAGGACCGGGAUUAUGUCAGGAAGUCAUGGAGCAACCUGUCACUCCCAUUGGCUCCCACUUUUUCUUUGCCCCCCAGCAAGCGCUGCUCAUCACCAGGCAAGAAAAGCAAAGUGACAGCACCCUCGCCUGGCAGGCCUCCACAGAAGACGUCAGGGCGCCCACCCACGCCGAAGCUGCUGAAGUCUCCUGGAGAAGAGGAUCCUGGGAACCUUCGUCCUGUCAGGAUCACUCCAGAGAGCCCCCAGCCUUCCCCUCCCCCGAAAGAACAGGGAGGGGAGGGAGAGCAGGUCCUCAGCCCUACGCAGCCUCGGCCUCAGCCCCUGGGCCAGAACAAGCCCAGCAGUGAUGAAACCCCAUCAGCAAUGCCAGUAGCAGCCAGUGAAUGUGGCAUUAGUCCUUCAGCCCACAAGCCGUCAGCAGGCACCACAGAUCCAGAGGAGGCCAGUCGCAUGCUGGCCGAGAAACGCCGGCUGGCUCGGGAGCAGAGGGAGAGAGAAGAGGAGGAGCGCAGGAUACAGGAGGAACAGGCCAGACUCGCCAAGGAGGAAAUGGCUCGCAGGAAGGCUGAGGAGCGAGCUAGAAGAGAGGAGGAGGUGCAGCGGCAGGCAGAGGAGAGGAGGAGGAAGGAGGAGGAGGAAAGAAAAGCAGAGGAACUGAGACUUGAGAAAGAGAGAGAGGAGGCAGAGAGACUCCAGAAACAGAGAGAGGAGGAGGAGUCGCGACAGAGGGAAGAGGCAGAACGACUGAGGCAGGAGAGAGAGAAGCACUUCCAGAAAGAGGAGGCUGAGCGUCUGGAGAGGAAGAAGCGACUGGAGGAGAUCAUGAAGAGGACAAGGCGCUCGGACACAGCAGAGAAGAAAGUUCCUCCUAACAGGAAUGGAGAUGAUGCAGUAAACCCUGGCACUGCAGGCCCAUCUACAGUCAAUGUGUCAGUGUCACAAGAAAGCAACGGCAACCCUGACCCCAACCCUGCCUCAGCAACACUGCCCCCUCCUGACCAGAGGGAGAAUGGUGAGUUUGAGGAGGUGAUUGAACUGCCUCCACAUUCGAGGUUGUCUCCUCUGGAGGGAGAGGAGCAGCAGCAGCAGCAGGAGGAGGAGGAGGAGGCGGAGGAGGAGGAAGAGGAGGAGGAGAGGGUUCCUGUCAUAGCCUUCAGGGAGAACGGCCUCCUGAAGCCUCUCAGCGGACUGGAUGAUAUAUCAGCCCCCCAGGGAACAGAUGUUGCCUGAUGACCUUGAGAGGAUGAGGUUAUGCCACACAGCAGAGAGCAAGGAAGAGACAGUCAGAGAGAGACUGAGGAAAGCAGAGGUCUGACUGAAACAAAGGAAGGACUUGUACGACAUCAUGGCCUGACCCUUUCUCCCCCCUCUCUAGUCGGGCCGACUGAAGAGCACUGCAGACAUUUCCUUCUCCAAAGAACCCCCUGAAGUAUCUCCAGAGUAGAGGUGCAUUUUCCUCCACCACAACUCUGGGAUUGUCUCUUUAAAUAGAUUGUCUCUCUGUCUCUGACCAGGAUUACGCUCGAUCCUUCCCCAUUUCUGAAAUGAAUGUGUCCUGAAAUCGCAGGAGGGCAUUGAGAGUCCACUCCAUCGUGUGACUGUCAUGCUGGGCAGCAUGUGUGUGGGUGACUAAUAAUACCUGUAAACUGAGGUCAGCUGUAAAGUCCUCCGUCAUGAUACUUGAAGAGUUUCUCGUUGCUGUAGAGUGUAGUGAGAUUGUGAGAAUCAGCUAUGCCAUGUGUAACUGAAAUUCACAUGGCGGCCUUAGAGUUACAAGGUUUUGUUUAAUGUGUUUGCUCCCUCUAAACAGAAACUCUUAAUUCCAAGGUUUAGACAUUUCUCUUGAAAUGUUACAGAAGAGACAGGAUAUCAUAGUCAACUCAUCGAGGCAUACUUGAAUUAGUGCAUGAACCAUGCUGUAAUAUGCCUAGAGCAGUUGGAGAAUCUCCUUUACUGUAACAUUUUUAUUGCUGUGUCUGCAAAGUUUCAACCUAGAGGUUAGUGUGGGGGUGGAAGGGUGUAUUGUGGAGUUUCAAUUAAACAUCAACAAAAAGAGUGAAAAAAACUCUCAGUAAACUGAGAAUUAGCAUGUAAACUACUGAUUUCUUUGUUUAGUUUCAUAUAAUUACUGUAAAGAUGUGAUUUUUUUUUUCUUUCUUGUUCUGUUCCCUUUUUCUGUUCUCUGUGCAGAUUUGCUGUGAUAAAAACUUCCACCCCUUGUUUCAUUGAUCCUCAAUAUUCCCACAUACAUAUAGGAUAUGAUCAACAUUCAUAUCAAAGCUGCAUCUUCUUUCCUGCCAGACGUCUCACUGAGCCAGUGAGUUCGCCGUAGCAUAGCCACCUGGAGCUGCAGGAUCAUGUACCAUAGGAAGAGCAAUGUAACGGCCUUUGUUUUGGCCAAGCAACUACAAGAUGAAUUAAAAUAAAAAUUUGCCAGCAAAAUUAAGGUGAAUUCUGAAAUAACCUGUUCCAGAUGGCUGAUCUUUUUUGAUCUGAGGAUUUGUUCCAGAUUGAAUGCUGCUAUUUUUGAUGUUCCUUUGCCUUACGACAUAGAAAGAAAGAGGCGAUUCUAAGGCUUGGGUGUAUACCCAGUCACUGAAAUUAUGAGAUAUAUAUAUAUGUAUGUAUAUAUAUAUAUAUAUAUAUACAAAUGAGUCUUGACAUCUUGACCACAUAGCCAUUCUUGUUCAGUGGUUUCCUUUUCCUUUCCUUGAUGAUUUACAAGUCUGCUCAUGUGUGAAAGUUCAUGGUGGAAUGCACACGUCUUUCACCACUGAGUUCACAAGGAGACAGAGGAGGAGAGAAAAGGAUGAAAGGUGUCUGACAGACACCUUUCAUCCAGAGGAUUUACGCUUUACCUUUUUCACAAUUCCCAUUGCUGCUACUCACUAGCACUUGGUUCUCAAAGCUUUGGACGUAAAUCAGAUCAUUUUCUCAUAUUUUGCAGUACCAAAUUUCAUAGACCAUCUAUGUGUAUGUUAUGCACCACUGGUUCUUCAUCAUGCUGUUACCAACAUGCUGAAUGAUCAGAUAUACUGCAACACAGGUAAUAUUAUUUUUAAGUUUCCAGAGCAGACAUCUCAUUUUAAUAAACGGAAAGGGUGGAAAUGCAUGUUAUAGAUAUUCUAUAAAUUAUUUAUAAAUGACAAAAUCUAUUUUACUAAGACUGACCACAAAGCUUUGAAAACUAAUUAGCCUUUUACUCCAGUGGAAAACAGCCGAAAUCAUGGGAUGAGUUCUUUUGACCACUGUCCAGCAGAUUGUCUCCCAGCUAUUCCAGCUGUACUGUAAAAGCAUGUUAAUAAAAAAAAAAAAUCAAAUUUUGUCUGGA